GAGCUGUUGACCACAUCGUGAGUGGAGUCCAGCAAUAUCAGGCCCUGUUAGGAGCACCUGAAACAACAAAUGACUGAGAGACAUUCUGGGGACCUGGAUCAACUAAAGAUGAUGCAAUGGGGGUAUUUGACCAGUGUGUUGACCCUUUCAUUCAAAUUGCUUCCACCCAUUUGCAGGACAAGACCAUCAAAGAACUGUUAAAACCAGUUGAACCAGAGAUUAUUGUUGCAAAACAUACAGUAUGUUAUGUGAAGUGUCGUAGCCUGGGUCUUUUGACCCAGCCUUUUGUGUUUCUUAUUAUUAUUAUUAUGUAUUCUGGUUGAGACUUUCUAGUUCGUUCUGCAUCUUGUCAUUCCCGGCCUGUGUGUUUCCUCUGUGUAAAGCCCGUGUUUCUUAGUCUGUGUUUUUGCGUGUGUGUUGAGUUUCCUGUCUCACUGUGAAGGUCUGUGUCCUGUGUCAGUGUAUUCAGUUUGCAUCAUCCCUGUCUCGUCAGAUUCAUCAGGUUCAGCUGUGUGUCCCUCCUGUGUGCAGUCUCCUCGUUUCCCUCUGUGUGUAUUUAUAGCAUGUGUCCUCUUGUGUGCGUUACUGGUCCGUCUGUGUCCCUCCAUGCUGUUCUUCCUGCUUGUCGGUCUUCGUGUUACCUCCGCGCUCCAUCCUCUCGUGUUCAGGUUUGUAGUUUAGGUCUUAGUUUUUCCUGUUUAGAUUAUUUCUGAGUUCUGCUUCCGCUUUUGGUUGUAUGUCACUCUCCUUAAAGCCCACUUACAUCUCAGUCAGUGCCUGCGCUUUGGGUCCUUCAUUCAUACCUCACACGGCUUUCCCCGCAAACAGUGACAUGAAUAGUGGAGACUCCAGAGUUCUUGCCGUUAAGGACCAUUGUUUUCAUUAUAUACCGUUGGUGAAAAGUUUAGAGCAGCUGCUAUCACAGCCAAGAAUGCUUGCAGUGAUUGACGAGGUACAAGAUAGGUACAAGAUGGCGCCGAGUAUGGCAGCCUCGUCGCGAGCUCCCCCAAGCAAC